ACGGUGUCUAUGGGCCACCCGCUGCUACCACCACCACCGCCACAGAGAGCUGUCUCUAUGGCGAGGAGGAGGAAGAGGAGGCGCGUGAGCUCAGCGACAAAAGUACAUAAACAAAGGAUAAAGUAUUUUAUGAAAAAAAAUCUUCAAUCAAGUAUAACAUUUUGAUGCUUGGCAUCUAGACUCCCUUGUGCCCUCACUAUGCCAGCAGCCACUGUACAUCAUAGCCAAAGAAUCUGUGAAGUUUGGGUUUGCAACCUGGAUGAAGAGAUGAAGAAAAUUCGUCAAGUUAUUCGAAAAUAUAAUUACAUUGCUGUGGACACCGAGUUUCCAGAUGUGGUUGCAAGACCCCUUGGAGAAUUCAGGAGCAAUGCUGACUAUCAGUACCAACUAUUGCGAUGUAAUGUAGAGCUGGUAAAGGUAAUCCAACUAGGACUGACAUUUAUGAAUGAGCAAGGAGAAUACCCUCCAGGAACUUCAACUUGGCAGUUUAAUUUUAAGUUUAAUGUGACGGAGGACAUGUAUGCCCAGGACUCUGUAGAGCUACUGACAACAUCUGGUAUCCAGUUUAAAAAACAUGAGGAGGAAGGAAUUGAGACCCAGUACUUUGCAGAACUUCUUAUGACUUCGGGAGUGUUCCUCUGUGAAGGGGUCAAAUGGUUGUCAUUUCAUAGUGGUUAUGACUUUGGCUAUUUAAUCAAAAUCCUGACCAACUCUAACUUGCCUGAAGAAGAACUUGACUUCUUUAAGAUCCUUCGAUUAUUUUUUCCUGUCAUGAAGAGCUGCAAAAAUCUCAAAGGUGGAUUACAAGAAGUUGCUGAACAAUUGGAGCUGGAAGGAAUAGGACCACAGCAUCAGGCGGGAUCUGAUUCAUUGCUUACAGGAAUGGCCUUUUUCAAAAGGAGAGAGAUGUUCUUUGAAGAUCAUAUUGAUGAUGCCAAAUAUUGGGGUCAUUUGUAUGGCCUUGGUUCUGGUUCAUACUGUGUACAGAAUGGCACAGGUAAUGCAUAUGAAGAGGAAGCCAACAAGCAGUCAUGA